AUGUAUGACUCAGAAUACAUCGCCAGCAAUGAAUGCCAGUUCGUCCUGCCCCACACCAGAGGGAGCUCCCAUGGCCAGACCCGCAUCAUCCGCAAGGCCUACGAGCAGGACUUCUACACCCGCAUGAUGGAGGAGUGCUACGAGCUGUGGGCGCAGCUGGAGAGGGAGGCAGGCGUCAAACUGUACAGACAAACAGGGCUCCUGGUGAUGGGACCAGAGAACAGUGAGAAUUACCAGCUGUUCAAGAGCACCCUGCAGAAAAACAAGGUUCCUAUGGUGACCCUGACCCCUGACAACUUCAGCCAGCACAUCCCCCACGUCAACCUGGCGGAGGGAGACGGAGCGGUGGUGGACGUCACUGCUGGAGUUCUCUACGCUGAUCGUGCACUCAAAACUGUGCAGGGGCAGUUUCAGAAGUUGGGUGGAAUCAUAAGAGACAAAGAGAAGGUCACAGACAUCGAGCCUGGUCCUGUCGUCACCGUGUCGACCACUGCUGGAGUUUAUCGAGCCAAGAGUGUGGUGAUCACCGCUGGACCCUGGGCUAAUAGACUCCUGGCCCACACUGGCUUACAGCUGCCACUAGAGGUGGUGAAGAUCAAUGUGUGCUACUGGAAGGAAAAGGUUCCGGGAUCAUAUGCGGCGAAGCAGCGUUUUCCCUGCUUCUUGCUGACCGAGUGUGAGGAGGCCAAAGAACACAUCUAUGGCCUCCCCUCCAACGAGUACCCGGGCCUGAUGAAGAUAUGUUACCAUAUGGGCAGCGAAACAGACCCAGACCAGAGAGACAAGCAGACAGACAGGUCUGAUAUUGACAUCCUCCAGCGCUACAUUGCCCGCUGUUUGCCUGGCCUGCUCCCUGAACCUGCAGUGGUGGAGAGCUGCAUGUAUACGCUGACGCCCGAUCGUCACUUUGUGCUGGACUGCCACCCCACCUACAGUAACAUUGUGAUCGGAGCAGGAUUCUCAGGACAUGGCUUCAAGUUUGGACCAAUCAUCGGCAAGCUCCUGUGUGAACUCAGCCUGGGAAAAGUGUCCUCCUAUGACCUUUCACCUUUCCGAAUCAGACGCUUCGAAGGAAAGACCAAAUCAGCUUUGUAGAGCCGUGGCUGCAGCAUCAAAAUGUCAUCGAGGUGACUCACAACUGCACGGUCUUUACAAAUGUUAGCUUACAUACACAAAUACACAAAGUAAGGUCCAAGUGUCUGCACGAGGAGCUGCAGAGCUUGCACAUCAAGCGUAGACGGAUCAUCGCUAUUGUUUUUAACACUCUGCAGUUUUGGUGCACGGUGCUAUAUGACACCCAGCUCCCAUUGUACAGACACUUGCUUUUGAAUGGAUGACAUGAGAACGUGUAGAAGAAGUCUAGUUGUUCUCCGAAAGCAACAAGAGCGAUGUUUAAUUUACCAGCUAACACUAACGCUGCCUCGAUUUUAAACUGGAAGAUUGGAAAAAUUUGUCGUGCAAUUGUAAAAUCACCCAUUUGAGACAUUUGGAUGGUAAUA